GUAUCCCUUAGAACUAAUUUGUGUACUACCUCCUUUUGAUGUGUUUUUCUCACGCUGCCUUGAGUUCAGUUGUUGCCUCGCAGUGAGCAUUUUGUCAUGCUUGAGGAAGCAGCCUCAUAACCUGGCCAGUACUCUCCCUUGGUGACCGUGCCCCUGGAGACCGCAGCACUGCGCUGGAGCCGGGUGUGACUCGUGAAGCGACUUUGGGGCGUUGAGGGGGAGAGUUUAACAUCCGUCUGCCAUCCCAACUGGAUCCCAUGUGGAAUGGUGUAAACAGCUGAUAGCUGCGACCAUUUCUAGUCAGAUUUCUGGGUCUGUCCCAUCAGAAGGCAUGUCCAGGGACUACAGGGUGUACAGGAGGCCUGUUAUACGGGAGAUUCAGGAUGGACACAAUGGCUAUCAUUCUGAAGCAGAACCUGAUCAGGCACUGCGGGAUGGAAACAAACUAGCACAGAUGGAAGAGGCUCCACUUUUUCCUGGAGAAUCAAUCAAAGUUAUUGCUAAAGAUGUUAUGUAUAUCUGUCCAUUUAUGGGAGCAGUAAGUGGUACUCUAACAGUGACGGACUUCAGAAUGUAUAUCAAAAGUGUUGAAAGGGAUCCACCUUUUGUUAUUGAUGUUCCCCUUGGAGUCAUAAGUAGAGUUGAAAAAAUUGGAGUACAGAGCCACGGAGACAACUCGUGUGGUAUAGAAAUAGUUUGCAAGGAUAUGAGAAAUUUGCGGCUGGCCUAUAAACAGGAAGAGCAGAAGAGAUUAGAGAUCUUUGAAAACCUUGUAACACGUGCGUUUCCUGUUUCUAAUGGGCUGCCUCUUUUUGCGUUCAGCUAUAAAGAAAAGUUUGCUGUUAAUGGCUGGAAAGUGUAUGAUCCAAUUGUGGAAUAUAAGAGGCAGGGCUUGCCCAAUGAGAGUUGGAAAAUAUCCAAAAUUAACAGCACCUAUGAGCUUUGUGAUACAUAUCCUGCUAUUCUUGUUGUGCCAACCAGUGUAAAGGAUGAUGACCUCUCAAAAGUGGCAGCGUUUAGAGCAAAAGGCAGAGUUCCAGUGUUAUCCUGGAUUCAUCCUGAGAGCCAAGCAACAAUAACACGAUGCAGUCAGCCAUCAGUCGGCCCAAAUGAUAAACGUUGCAAAGAAGAUGAAAAAUAUUUACAGACAAUAAUGGAUGCCAAUGCUCAGUCACAUAAACUGAUCAUCUUUGAUGCCAGACAGAAUAGUGUUGCAGACACAAACAAGGCUAAAGGUGGAGGAUAUGAAAGUGAAAGUGCCUAUCCAAAUGCAGAGCUAGUCUUUCUGGAAAUUCAUAAUAUACACGUGAUGAGAGAAUCCCUGCGUAAACUUAAAGAAAUAGUUUAUCCUACUAUUGAUGAGACUCGGUGGUUAUCAAAUGUGGACUCCACCCAUUGGCUGGAAUAUAUAAGGAUGCUUCUUGCUGGGGCAGUAAGAAUUGCGGAUAAAAUUGAGUCUGGUAAAACAUCUGUAGUGGUACAUUGCAGCGAUGGUUGGGAUCGAACUGCACAGCUCACAGCACUAGCUAUGCUUAUGCUGGACAGCUACUACAGAACUAUCAAGGGGUUUGAAGUUCUCAUAGAGAAAGAAUGGAUAAGUUUUGGCCACAGAUUUGCAAUGCGAGUAGGACAUGGAGAUGAUGAUCAUGCUGAUGCAGACCGAUCUCCCAUUUUCCUUCAGUUCAUUGACUGUGUCUGGCAAAUGACAAAGCAGUUCCCUGCAGCCUUUGAAUUCAAUGAGUUAUUUUUGAUCACCAUUCUGGAUCACCUUUACAGUUGUCUCUUUGGGACUUUCUUAUGCAAUUGUGAAAAAGAGAGAUUAAAAGAGGAGGUAAGCACAAAGACUGUCUCGCUGUGGUCCUAUAUAAACAGCCAGUUAGAUGAGUUCACAAAUCCUUUCUAUGUGAACUAUGAAAACCAUGUCCUGUAUCCUGUUGCUAGUCUGAACCAUUUGGAACUGUGGGUGAACUACUACGUCAGAUGGAACCCAAGGAUGCGGCCUCAGGUCCCAAUCCAUCAAAAUUUGAAAGAGCUCCUUGCCAUCCGGACAGAGCUUCAAAAGAAGGUUGAAGAUUUGCAGCGGGAAGCUGCCACACGAUCCAUUUCUUCCUCCUCUGAUAGAGGUUCAUCUCCUUCCCAUUCAGCCACGCCAGUGCACACCUCUGUGUAACAAAAGCCAUGUAAAAACAUUUGCGUCAGGUAACACAGAGAGGAGGGUGAAAUGCUUUUCCCAUCACAAAAGGACUGUGAGUGACUUGUAAUUGCUAUGAUCUACAUGCCUUACUCUGUGUCUGGUAUUACCGUGAUGAGGCCAAAAAGAGCUUCAAUAGAUGUGAUGUAUUUUCUUGUUGGCAGUUUCCGCAUGUGUUUUGACGGUCUAGCUGAAUCAUCAAUUGUGAAAUUAAACUUUGUUUUGAGCAACUAACAAUUUAACCAUCUUAAAAAGGAAUCCAUCUGCCAAGCAGACAAGAAAUGCCUCUCACACUGCCUCGGGUACCAUGCCUGGUUGAGGGAAUCAGAUGAAAUGCCACAUGAUGCUUACACAGAAUACAGAAUGUUUUUCUGAAUGGGAGCUCCUUAUUUCACUCAGUAAAAAAAAAUGUUUUUUCCUAGAGCAAUUUAUUUUUUUUAGGUAAUUAAUGCACUUGGAAAUUGAUUUUAAAAUAAAUGUUUUCCAGUGUAGUCAGUUUCACAUUUUGACUAAAUAUGCCAUUAAAAGUGGAUGAAGUUAGGCUGGAUUUAUCAAGUGCACCACACUGACACAUAUGAUGUAAUAUAUUCAGUAAAGCAUGUAUUUUAGGUUUUUUAAUGCCUUUUGUACAAGUUGAAAUAAAGUCUCUUGACUGUUUAGCUUAUUGUUCAGUUUCAGCCUCCUGAGCAAGGGGUAAACUUAUUCAUAUCAAGGUCUUGUACAAAGUAAAAAUUCGUUUUCUAGCAGAUGGUGAUAUCUGGGGUUGGAAUGACACCCAGCUGUGUAAAUUGUAUAGUCUGUAUAGCUCCACAUUUUGUUAAGUGUGUUUUGGUGUUUUGUUUUACAGUGUACACACAAAAUGCAAGGCUGUGUGCAUUUAUACACGUGUGUGUGAUUGUUUAACAUAUGCAAACUCCGUGGUUUUAAGCUGUAAGUUCAGGAAAUGGAUCCUACCUGUCCAAACUCUUUUGAAGCCCUUAACUUUUAAAGACUUUGUUUGACAAAGUUUUUAAACAAUACGAUCUUAAUUGGUUUUCUUGAAAUAAAGCCUCUUGGCUUUUUGUUUUUUAAAUUGCUGCUAGCAGUUUUUUCUGUAAAGUGAAUAAUUUGUGGUUUUGUAUAAAGUGCAUGUUCUCAACUUUCUGUUAUCUCCCCCCCC